UUUGUCGUUAGUGUCAUAAUAAAAACUAAAAUUCAUCCGUUUUGGUAAAAUUGGCGUUAAGUUUCGAGCAAUUUUAGAGGAUUUUUCGAUUGGAAAAAUGAGCGAAAAACCGAAACUGGAUCUCGGAGUUUUGGAGGAGGACGACGAGUUCGAGGAAUUUCCAGUCGAAGAUUGGUGCGGAAAAGAAAAGGAUGAUCAGGAUAUCAGCGUUUGGGAGGAUAAUUGGGAGGACGAUAACGUCGAAGACGAUUUCAACAAACAAUUAAGGGCACAACUCGAAAAGCAAAAGGCCAAUCCUCCGAAAUGAAACUCAUUAAAUUUAUUCUUACUUUAAUCAUUUAAGUUCGCAUUAAAAUAAAACUUAAAAUAGAACAAAA